AUGUCUCACAGCAUCAAGAGCCCCCCAGUCCUGGCCAUGUCCCAGUCACCUUACUCUCUUUCCUCGCCUGACAUGACAGACUCCAUGCUGGCGAAUUCUCCCCAGGCGGUUCUCACCAAAAGUCUUCCUCCCACCAACCUUUUGGACCGUCCCCCGAUGCAACCAACCACCAAGAAGAAAGGAGUGAAGCGAGAGGCAAACACCACCAAACGCUCCAUCAUGGGCUUGCCAGUGGGCAUGUCAAGGGGGCCUUGCAUGGUAGGCCUGCGGAAGGGAGGCCACGGGGGCCAAGUCCACGAUUCCUCACCACUCACCCUCUCCUCACCAGGGGCCAUGAGUAUGGAAACUCCCCCAGGCAUGUGUCAAGUCAUGGGCCCCGCGGAACCAGUGCAGCUUCAGUCCAUAAUGUCUGGCACCCAAUGCAGAGUAGGCAGCGGCCAAUCCAUUAAAUUCCCAAAGAAGGACUUACCGGAUUCUGUCCAGCUCCAACCAUCACACAAAGGCCAACUGAGCCCACAGCUUAGGUAUUGUAGUGGACUGCUUACAAAAAUGUUCUCCAAGAAAUAUGCGGCAUACGCCUGGCCUUUCUAUAAGCCUGUGGAUGCAAUGGCACUUGGCCUCCAAGAUUAUCAUGAUAUCAUCAAGCACCCCAUGGACCUUAGCACCAUCAAGAGGAAGAUGGACCGUCGCGAGUACCGGGAAGCCCAGCAGUUUGCUGCUGACAUUAGACUGAUGUUCUCCAACUGCUACAAGUACAACCUGCCUGAUUAUGUUUCCAUGGCCAAUAAGCUGCAGGGUGUGUUUGAGUACCGUUUUGCUAAUAUGCCGGAUGAGCCCCACAUGGAGCACCCAGGUAUGUCUAUGCGUGGCUAUCCUUCGGCCUCCUCUUCCUCCUCCUCGGAGAGUGAAUCCAGCAGUGAGAGUGAAGAGAGUGAGAGCAGCCCCAGUUCAGACAGUGAAGAGGAGCAAGUGCACCGUUUGUCUGAGUUACAAGACCAGGUGUGCACAGAGUUUGGACUGCGAGCCAUACAAGAACAGCUGGCCUCCCUCUCACAGGAUGUCAUUGUCAAGCCAAAAAAGAAGAAGCUCGAAAAGCAUAAUCGAGGGGUCAAAGGACGAGCCGAACUGGAGGAAUGGAAGAUUUCAGGCAAGUUGCUGAAGAGCAAGUCUGCCAGAGGUGGCCCCCAGAGCAAGAGGGGCCCAGGGAAGGAGAGUAACAAGACUAGCAAGACUGCAAAUAAAGUAAUCUUUGCCCCACCGGCUGCCUCCAUUCUGCCCCACUACAACUCCGAGCAAGAGAAAGAGAUGUCGUACGACGAGACGCGCCAGCUGGGCCUGGACAUCAGUAAGCUGCCGGUAGGGAAGCUGUUACGCAUAGUCCUCAUCAUCGAGUCAAGAGAGCUGUUCCCAAGGGACACUGAACCCAGAGACAUCGAGAUCGACUUGAGGACACUCAAACCGUCUACACUGAAGGAGCUCAAGUACUACGUCAUGACCUGUCUGGGGAAGAAGACCUACAAACAUUAUGGUGAGCAAGGAGGCUGA